AUGCGCCUCCUCGCCACGGCGGCGAGACAACCCAAUACACCGCACCGUAUUCUCGUUAACCUCCACCACCUCAUAUCCACAACGACGACGACGACGACCUCCUCCUCCGCAUACGAUCCAACCGCGCAGUUCCUCCAUCCCGACCACCAUCGCCUGCUGUCACUGCCAGCAUCUCUCCGCCGUGACGCCCUCCUCGCACUCGCGCGCCUUCUCAAGACCUCCCCGCAAUGCCACCUCGCGCUCCAUGCCGUCAGCCCACUCUCUGGCUCCCCCUCCUCCACCCCGCUCGCCGCCCGCUUCGUCGCCGCAUCGCGCCUCGCCACGUCGGCUCCCGCGCUUCGCCCCUUCGCAGCGAUCCUCAUCGCAGCGCUCCUCCCGGUCGCCUCCUCCGACCUCCUUUCGUGGUCGUCUAGUGACAGUGCCAGCGGGAGCUCGCGCGCGCGGUACGGCGCGCUCCGGCUCGCGCUCCACGCAUUCCUCGCCGCGGGCAUGGCAGCCGAGGCACUCGAUGUGCUCAAGCGCGUCCGCCGCUCUGGGAACACGCCCAGCCUCUCCGCGUUGGCGGCAUUACUGCGCCUUCUAUUCCGAAGCGGGGAGGUCCGCGCUGCCUGGAAAGUGUUCGAGGAAAUGGCCGCGAGGGGACCGCGGCCGAGCCUUGCCACCUUCAACGCUAUGCUCCUCGGUUUCUGCCACAGGGGGCUGGCGCGCGUCGCCUCCGGGCUGCUUGGGAUCAUGGGGAAGUUUGGUAUCGUCCCAGACGUGUGCAGCUAUAACAUCCUCAUCAAGGGGCACUGUGUGUUUGGGUGGUCACAGGACGCCUUCAAGCUGUUUGAAGAAAUGCACAGGUCAGGGUGUGAGCCGACAGUUGUGACAUAUAACAUACUAGUGGAUGUUCUGUGUCAUGAGGGGAGGAUGCCGGAAGCAAGGAGGCUGUUCGAUGAAAUGGCCCAGGUGGGGAUCCAAGCAAAUACAAUCACGUUCAAUGUUUUGAUUGAUGGAUAUGCAAAGACCAGACGGAUGGAUCAGGCCUGCACAGCCUAUAGCGAAAUGAAAGCAAGGGGAUUAGUGCCAGAUUCCUGCACAUUCAACAUUAUUGCUGCUGGAGCUUACAAGUUUGGGCAUGCUGCCCAGUUAGUCCUUGAUCAUGACAUGUUUGGUUCACAUAUGUUGGCUGAUGGGUUGGAUAUGUUGGUCUGUAGGCUUUGUUGGGAUCGUCGAUUGGAUGAUGCCUGGGAGCUUCUGCGUGGUGCUAUUGAGCAGGGUGUUCCAUUGAGUGUUACAGGAUUUAAUGCAUUGAUCGCUGCUUAUAGCAAGGAGGGACUCCACGAAGAAGCUUUUGAACUGUAUAGAGUUAUGAACAAGUUAGGGCUCGCACCGUCAUCGUCUACUUUGAAUUACUUGAUAAUGGGGCUGUGCAAUCAAGGAAGGCUUGAUGAAGCACAGCUUCUUUUAGAGCACAUGGUUAGUAAAGGAUAUUGUCUGAGUACAUCAUUUACUAUCUGCUUGGAUGCAUCUUUCAGAGAGGGUAAUGCAGUCUGCGCAUUGAGAUGCUGGGAUGAUAUGGGCAAAAUUGGUUUACAGCCUGAUUUUAUUGCUUUCUCAGCAUAUAUCAAUGGCCUGUGCAGAUUAGAUUAUGUGAAUGAGGCUUAUCAGGCAUUUGCUGAGAUGAAAGCCAGAGGAAUUGUACCGAACAAUUUUACUUACAACUCCAUCAUAUCUGCACUCUGUAGAGCAGGCAAUAUGACUGAAGCCUUGAAGUUACAGCAGAAUAUGAGGCAGAGUGGCCUUGUUCCUGACAUUUACACAAGCAACAUUCUAAUCGAUGGUUUAUGCAGAGAAGGAAAGCUGGAGGUGGUGGACAACCUUUUAUUGGACAUGUGCAGUAAUGGUCUAACCCCAGACACAGUGACAUAUAAUACGAUAAUCAAUGCAUAUUGUAGGGCUAAGGAUAUGAACAGUGCCAUGAAUUUCAUGAAUAAGAUGCUCGCAGCUGGUUGUGAACCAGAUAUUUUCACAUAUAAUAUUUGGAUGCAUAGUCUCUGCAGCAACCAUAUGUUGAAUCAAGCAGGAAAGGUGCUAGAUGAGCUUGUUGCUAUGGGUUGUCCUCCAAAUUCUGUUACAUACAACACAUUGAUGGAUGGCAUUUGCAGCGAUGUUCUUGAUCCAGCUAUGAUAUUGACUGGCAGGCUUAUUAAGAUGGCUUUUCAACCAAACACUAUCACACUUAAUGUUUUCCUUUCUCAUUUCUGCAAGCAAGGAUUUGGGAAGAGAGCCCUUAUGUGGGCUGAGAAGCUCAGAGAAGAUUCUUUUGUUUUUGAUGAUGCUACUAGAAAUAUAAUUGACUGGGCACGAAGGGAAAUGGAGGAUGACCCCCACGCUAACAACGAGGACAUAGAAAGAUGCCUAUUUCUUGAGUUCUUAAUGUUCAUGACAUAUGAGACUAUGCAUAACGGCAGAUCUUCAAAGGCUACACAUAUGCCUACAGAUAGAGGUUUUGAUCCUGCUGGCAGAAGCAUGAUUAGAAUUUUGGAUACUGGUUGA